GGGGGGGAGGGCUGGUUUUGAUAUAAGGGAUGGUGCCGUCAACACACGUCUGGUUGUGCACAUUUAUCUAUUAUCUACAUAUAUACCUAUCUGACAUACCUAAUACACACAAUUUGAACAUACUAUUUGUAUACCUAUCCACCUGACCUAUCCUAACCCAAUACCUACCUACCCAACCCAACAACAAGUCCCGUCGAAUAUAAUGAACACACCCCACCUCCUCACCCUCCUCCCCCGCAUCCCCAUCCCCAUCCCCAAAGGCGGCGGACGGGGCGGAGGAAGCAGAGGCGGCUACCGAGGCGGCGGCGGCGGUGGCGGCGGUAGUGGUAGCAGCGGCUUGCCAUGGUGGGCCAUACUCCUGAUAACCUGCGGCGUGCUAUGGAUUUGCGGGUUCAUUUACCUAUUCUGCCGCUUCGUAUCGCAGUCCGCCGAACAACGCGCCCGCCAAACCCGCGGCGCCCGCCCCAGCCUCUGGAAAUCCCACCUCGGGGACCCGGCAUGGAGAGCAUUCAAGUACAUGACCUUGAUCCAGGCGGUGACGUGGACGUGUCGGAAGCUGGGGGGUGUUGCGCGAGCGCAGAAGAUAGCUGUGGGAGAGAAGAACGCAGUGAAAAAGACGGGAAAGGCGGAAGGGGGGGAGGAAAAGAUGAAGACGAAAAAAAUGGGCGGGUCUUUUUACCAAAAGCUUGGGGAUGAGGAACAGGGCUUCGGUGCCGGUGCCGGUGUUGUCGGGACGGAUGACGAAGCCGGGUCACAUAUGAAGACGACAGCCAAACCUGCCGGUAGUUAGGAAAAAGGCAGCAGUGGUAGUAGGGGGCAAGCGAUGAUGAUAUGAAAUGACUGUUUGUACAUGAUUUUUUUUAUAUCCUUUAGAAGCGGCCGGAGUUGCUAGGGAGGAUAAAAUACCACCUACCUUGAUACCGACCUGGUACAUAGGUAUAAGAUAAGCGCACUUGAAGAUAGUAGAACCAUCAAUGAUACC